ACAACUAGCCUGUUGUCUGAGGUCUGCUGUAUAUCUGGAAGUCCAAUCUACUUUAUGCCGGCUGUUUUCUUUGGGUGGUCUUUGGCUCUUUCGAACAGCAGGCGGUUCAGGUUACUCAAUUGUCUCGGAUCCCAUUGUAUUCUUGUUCAAUGUUGCCCAAGACACCGUUUCUUUCGAUCAAGAUCGCUUCCAAAUGACGCAGAUAUUCUCGAUACUUGUCAUGAGCCACAAACAAGGUCCCUCUACGUCAUGCCAGGCCUAUCAUUAGAAGGACAAGCGAUUUCUGACACACUGUACGUUGCAGUAUGGUCUAGGUUGCCUUGGGUUCGUCAAGGCGGCGAUGCCGCUGACAGGCUCUAUAAAGGGUGACGAAGAUGAAUCAGAGCCAGUUUUCGAAUCAGAGGAAGAUGAAAUCAACAAUCAGCUUGAAAUAAAUCAAAUAAGCUACAGUAUUCGAC